UCAUUUUAUGUUUAAUUAAAAAAAGAAAAAAUACGUAUCCAAUAUUUUUUGAUUAUCUAAAAAGCGGACUAAAUAUUAUUUCAUUAUUUCGACCCUGGACACUACCCUAUUAUGGAAAUAAGCAGUGACAGUGAGGAAGAGCAGAAUGUUACUCCUACUAAAAAAUGAAAGGUGCAAUAUGAACAAAAGACUUACAAUUAUGGGAAAAAGACAAAAAUUAUUCCAGUUGGAUUAAAAAAAGCAACAAAGGAGAUUACUAUUAUUAUUGUAAUGUCUGUAAGUGUGACUUGAAAUGUGGCGGAGGUAAAAGAGUUUUGAAAAAGCAUGCGGAAUCUAUUAAACAUAAGAAUAAUAUUAAAGGUUGGUGUGGGUGGUCUAAGUCUACUUACUUUACUGGUGUGGUAUUUUGUUUUGGUUUUAAAUUAUUUACUUGCUUUUCUAAUAAAGUGUAAGAAAGAAUUAGGUAAUGUAAAUAUUCUGAAUGUAAGUUUAUUUAAUCAUCAGAUGAAGGGUUAUGGUUUCAGUUUCAGAUUAUUAUUUUACAGCCACCAUUUGUGUACGUCAGAAUGGCGGGUGUAUGAGUAUAAAAAUAGAUUCAGUAAUUAUAUUAUAAAUAUACCUUUUGUACUAGUUAGUACCUGUAAAUAAAUUCAAUCUACCUCUUUAAAAUCGGAGUUAUUUACAAUGAUAAGUGAGUCGCCAACCUGAUGUCAGAAUCGUUUGGUGCAGUACUUCAACCUACUAUAACUUCAAUGGUGCCUGGGUCUGCAUCAAAGUCAUUCACAGAUAAAAUUAAGUCUGGAGAAAUAAAGAUGGCAUGUUUCCUAGCAGAGCACAAUCUACCAUUUAGCUUAGCAGAUGUUCUAAAGGAUCUUAUACAAUCAGUUGCCCAAGAUUCAAAGCUUGCAUCAGAAUUAACUUUUGGAAGAACAAAGGCACAUGCUAUUGUUACAAAUGUUACUGGUAAAGUAGCAGAAAACCAAUUAAUUGAAAUAUUACAAAAAAAUAAGUAGUAAUAGUUGAUGAGAGCACAGACAGAUCAUCAAUUAAACAUUUGGCACUUAUUGUAGGAACUGCAGUUGAUUUUCAUGUUGAAGAUAGUUUUCUAUGUAUAAUACCAGUUGUUGAUGGUACGGCUACAGCUUUAUAUAAUGCUUGUACAAAACAUUUUGAAGAGAAGAAUAUUCCAUACAAGGAAAAUAUGGUUGGAUUUGCAGCUGACGGAACCAAUUCCAUGUUUGGACAACAUCAUUCCUUGUCAAAAUUGUUUGCAAAAGAUAUUCCGAAUCUGUUUCUAAUAAAAUGUAUAUGUCACUCUUUUCAUCUUUGUGCCUCAUAUGCUUGCAAAAAAUUACCACGAGGUGUAGAGGACUUUGCUCGUGAUGUUUACAACUAUAUACAGAAUAGUCCAAAACGUAUUGGAGACUACAAAGAGUUUCAAUGUUUUGUAAAUAUCAAACCACAUAAACUAUUACGCCCUGCCCAAACAAGGUGGCUGUCUUUGUUACAAGUUGUGAAAGGCUUCUUGAACAACUACCAGCAUUGAAACUGUAAGAAGUUCAAAGUGCUGUGUUAACUGACAGAUUACUUGCAGCUCAAUCAAUCCUUGAUAAAUGUCUGGAACCAACCACAGAAUUAUAUUUAGAGUUUUUAAGUUUUGUGCUGCCAUACUUCAAUGAUUUGAACAAAGAAAUGCAAUCUCAAAGUCCAAAACUCUACUUGCUAUAUGAUAAAAAAAAUUAUAACCUACAAGACUAUAUUGGAAUGUUUUUUAAAGCCAGAAUAUUUGGAAUUAACUGAACAGGAAAAAACAAGCAUGCAAGUCCAUGACAAAGUUGCAGCAUUGGAAUUAUUGGAAUUAAAAAUAUUGAAAAUUGAUUUUGAAAAAAUUGAAAACCAUUUACCCCUGGAAGACUUUUACUUAGGAGGCAAUGUUGCUGCUUUAAUUAUAAUGAACAGAAACAGUAUUCAUCCAGAUCAAAUAAGACAGUUAAGAAAAAAAUGUGUUGAAUUUUACAUUGAAAGUCUUAGGGCCGAUUUUUCAAUUGUCAGAUAAACAAACAGAUAGGGUAUAUUCGAGAGAUAGCGAAGUUGAUGAAUUUUUCAAUGGUCGAGUAAGACCUAUUGGACGAAUAAAUCCUUAUCUGAGGAAUUAAUUUAUUUGCCGCCUUGACCGCCAGGUAAGUACUAUUCGAUUGAUAAUUUGACGCAGAUGACGUUUUAGUUUGAAGUUAUUUCUUGCGCUAUUAACAAUUUAUCAAUUUAUUAUGGAUAUUUUCGAUAAUAUUGAUGACUUGGCUAUCGAAGAAGAGACUUUAAUAAAUGAAUAUAUAAAUCCACCCGAAAGAAAAGAAAGAAUAAUCCGCCCAAGGCCUGAAAGUUAUUUCUUGCGCUAUUAACAAUUUAUUAUGGAUAUUUUCGAUAAUAUUGAUGACUUGGCUAUCGAAGAAGAGACUAUAAUAAAUGAAUAUAUAAAUCCACCCGAAAGAAAAGAAAGAAUAAUCCGCCCAAGGCCUGAUCACUUUAGGAUUUGGGAUUCAAAAGAAUUUCAUCGCAGAUUCAGACUUCGGAAAGAGUCGGUGCAAUAUUUACUUUCCCUAAUUGAAAAUAAAAUCAAGCACCAAACAGAAAGAAAUCAGUGUAUUUCACCCAUGUUGCAGUUAUUAAUUGCACUGCGAUUUUAUGCCACUGGAAGUUUUUACAUAACUGUUGGUGAUUUUGGUGGUAUUCAUAGUUCCACUAUGUGCCGUAUUAUUAAAAAAGUUACUGAAGCUAUAGCAUCUUUAAGAACAAUAUUCAUAAACUUGCCAAGAAGUGACGAAGACAUCAGAAGCACUCAACUAGAAUUUUAUAAAAUAGCCAGAUUCCCUAGAGUAGUAUCGGCUAUAGAUGGCACCCAUAUUAGGAUUCAGUCGCCUGGUGGUAACACUGCAGAAGAAUUCAGGAAUAGAAAAGGAUUCUUUUCGUUUAAUGUUCAAGCAAUGUGUUCAGCAGACUUGAUGUUUCAAGAUAUAGUUGCACGUUGGCCUGGCUCUACCCAUGAUUGCAUGAUAUUUGCCAAUUCACAUGUGAAAUACCACUUUGAGAAUGGUGAAUUUGGCAAUGGAAUUAUACUUGGAGAUAGUGGUUAUGAACUAACUAAUUACCUACUCACUCCUUUUCAAAAUCCAGACACACCAACUAAGACUUUAUAUAAUGAAUCACAAAUUCGAACACGGAAUGUUAUUGAAAGGUGCUUUGGAGUUUGGAAAAGACGGUUUCCAGUCCUAAGUAUAGGAUUAAGGUGUAGGCUGCCGCUUGCACAAGAUGUGAUUGUAGCCUGUGCUGUACUACACAACUUGGCAAGAUCAAAAAAUGAGGAGGAACCUCCAGUGGACCCAGAAUUGCAUAUUCCACCACAGCCUAUAUUUCCACCCGCUAUAGCCGAUUUUACUGGUGAUGAAAGGUGCCAUACUAGGAACUUAAUCUUAAUAAAUUAUUUUCAUGCCUUACCUACUGAAUAAUCUAGGGCAGCCAAGCUCAAUUUUUCAACAGUUUUACUACAUAUAAUCUUUAUAUUCAUUCAAUAGAAAUUUAUGUUUAUCAUAUGUGCAAUUUCUUUUUCAAUUAAUGUUACAUAAUAAAAACAUUGGUAUUUUAUUAAA